AUGCUACAACAGCUCCAGUGGCAAACUCUUAAACAACGACGAGAUACAACACGACUAGUUAUGUUAUACAGCAUUGUAUACCACCUAGUAGACAUUCCAGCUGAUCAACACCUACAGCGUACGUCAUUGUGGAAAGAGGCCACACUAUGUGGUUCCUUAUACCAGGGACCACAGUUUACCACUCUUCAUUCUUCCCCCAAGCAACAAUGCUUUGGAACCAGCUGUCAGGUCUCGAUUUGGUGCCCUGGGAUGUGGCCUGAUAAAUUUUGUCUACACUAUGCAUGCUACGUUAUCAUGAUAUUAUCAUGUGUGGUUUCACUACACGCACACAGAACAAGAUCAAAUGGUCUCAACAUCGACAACAUGAACAAUGUGCUCCAAAUACAAAGGCGCUCGUUAGCAAAUCACAGACUGCAAACAUUCAACGAUUUACGUCAGGUUCUUCAAAAAAUGGAAAAUAUAUACUCAUCUACAGAUAAACACAGUAUUUUACGUAGUCAAGUGCGGGAUAAGAGAGACGCCGUCGGUUUUGCCGGAAGCGACAUUUUGGAUACUUUGUUGUCUACGUUGCUGCGUCCAGAUCAAUCAGGUCGGGCCCCGACCUCCCGCCCCCGCGGCCGUCUGAGUGUUCAAGCCAGUUUUGCAAUUCUUCGAAAUCGGAUGCAGAACGAAGGCUGACAGUUUUGGAAUCUUGAGGAACUUUGAUCUGAUAUUUAUUUUUUAAAGUUUUGUUGUUGUCUGUUAUUCAUUACGUGUUACAAAAUGAUUGUCUGCAUUUGAAACUUAUUUCAUAUUAUUUAUUUACAUUCAUUACGUUUUCUUUUUUCAUAUCAGAAUAUAACACUUUCGUAUUUUUGCAUAAUUUAGUAUUUUUGAACUAAUUAACAGACUUAUUUUUGUCUUUACUCCUUUAAAACGAAAAGUUACACAAUUACGAAAGUUCCUCACAAUGAACAUUGAAUCUUUAUAGAAUUGAAUGGACAGACCAUGUUGAUGACACCCAUUUUCUCUUUUGACGCAUAUUUCAUUUCGUAAAGCUCAAUUCACAGUUAUAUCCCCACCUCCCCAAAAACGAUGAAUUAAAAUCUAUUAAAAAAAAACAAAAAAAAAAAAAAAGAAAAACAAACAAACAAAUACCCUGACUAAGCUCAGACAUAUUUCAAAGGGUUUUUAUGGAUAUUAAGGAUGCAAUUCACUAAUUUACAAUUUUCAAUUGUUAAUGAGUACUUGACUUAUUAUAAUUAGCUACAUGUAUCUACUCAUUCACAAUUUAAAAUAAGUGAAAAGACUGUGUUUCGCAUUAUCUUUCUCAAGGAAGUAGACGGUUGGUAAUGUAACAGAACAUAUACUUUUUGAUACUUAAUACAGUAAAGAUGAAUGACUAUUUGGGUUUUUGUUGAUGUUCCUUAUCUUGCAAAUAAACAUACAAAAUAACA